CUGCAGGUUGUAAAAAUUAAAAUGAACAAACUACGUCAAAGUUUUAGGAGAAAGAAAGAUGCGUAUGUUCCGGAGGCCAGCCGCCCACACCAGUGGCAGACAGACGAAGAAGGGGUUCGCACUGGAAAAUGUAGCUUCCCAGUUAAGUACCUUGGCCAUGUAGAAGUGGAUGAGUCGAGAGGAAUGCACAUCUGUGAAGAAGCUGUGAAAAGACUGAAAGCUGAAAGGAAGUUCUUCAAAGGCUUCUUUGGAAAAACUGGAAAGAAAGCAGUGAAGGCGGUCCUGUGGGUGUCAGCAGAUGGACUCCGAGUUGUGGAUGAGAAAACUAAGGACCUCAUAGUUGACCAGACAAUAGAGAAAGUUUCUUUCUGUGCCCCCGAUAGGAACUUUGACAGAGCUUUCUCUUACAUAUGUCGUGACGGCACCACUCGGCGCUGGAUCUGCCACUGUUUCAUGGCUGUCAAAGACACGGGUGAAAGGCUGAGCCAUGCAGUUGGCUGUGCCUUCGCAGCCUGUCUGGAGCGUAAGCAGAAGCGGGAGAAGGAGUGUGGGGUGACUGCUACUUUUGAUGCCAGCCGGACGACUUUCACAAGAGAAGGAUCCUUCCGUGUCACAACUGCCACAGAACAAGCAGAGAGAGAGGAGAUUAUGAAACAAAUGCAAGAUGCCAAGAAAGAGACAGAUAAGACAGUUGCUGGCGCGCCGGUGGCCCCCGGCAACACCACCCUGUCCCCGUCCUCUCCUGCUUCGCCCGCUGCGGACACCACCGCCUCUUCGGAGAUGAACAACCCUCACGCCAUUCCACGCCGCCACGCGCCCAUCGAGCAGCUCGCUCGCCAGGGCUCUUUCCGAGGAUUUCCUGCUCUCAGCCAGAAGAUGUCACCCUUCAAACGGCAGCUGUCCCUACGCAUCAACGAGCUGCCUUCCACGAUGCAGAGGAAGACUGACUUCCCCAUUAAAAACACAGUGCCGGAGGUGGAAGGAGAAGCAGAAAGCAUCAGCUCCCUGUGCUCGCAGAUCACCAGUGCCUUCAGCACGCCCGCCGAGGACCCCUUCUCCUCCGCCCCGAUGACCAAGCCCGUGACGGCGGUGGCACCGCAGUCUCCUGCCUUCCCAGCUAAUGGCACUGACUCAGCCUUCCAUGUGCUUGCUGCUAAGCCAGCCCACACUGCUCUAGCACCUGUAGCAAUGCCUGUGCGUGAAACCAACCCUUGGGCCCAUGCCCCUGAUGCUGCUAACAAGGAAAUUGCAGCCGCACAUCCGGGCACUGAGCGGGGCCCACCCUCUCCGGAGCUCCAGGCUGGCCACAGACGCACUCCCUCGGAGGCUGACCGCUGGCUAGAAGAAGUGUCCAAGAGCGUCCGGGCCCAGCAGCCGCCGGCCCCCGCUGCCCCGCUGCAGCCAGCCCUGCAGCCGCCUCCCCCUGCGGCCGUCUCCCAGCCAGCGCCGCUUUUCCAAGGGAGUGCGUUCCUCCCCUCGCAGCCUGUGCCAGUGGGUGUGGUCCCGCCCCUGCAGCCUGCCUUCGUCCCUGCCCAGUCCUACCCUGUGGCCAACGGGAUGCCCUACGCAGCCCCCAGCGUGCCUGUGGUGGGCAUCACCCCCUCCCAGAUGGUAGCCAACGUGUUUGGCACUGCAGGCCAUUCUCAGGUCUCUCACCCCCAGCAGUCACCCAGCCUGGUCAAGCAGCAGACGUUCCCUCAGUACGACACAAGCAGUGCUACUGCCAGUCCCUUCUUUAAGCCUCCUGCCCAGCACCUCAACGGUUCUGCAGCGUUCAACGGUGUGGCCGACGGCAGGGUGGCCUCAGGAGACAAGCACGCCGAGCUUCCCGCGGGCGCCGGCCCGGUGGAUCCUUUCGAAGCCCAGUGGGCUGCAUUAGAAAGUAAGGCCAAGCAGCGCACUAACCCCUCCCCUACCAACCCUUUCUCCAGGGACUUACAGAAGACGUUUGAAAUCGAACUUUAAGCAAUCUCUAUAGCCUGUGUGUCUUGUCUGUGCUUAGGCAGGGGGUGGAGGUCAAAGGGGGCCUGUCUUCCCGCUCAGUACACUUUUCACUAAUCCCCAAGGUCCCAAGGAACAGGUCCAGGCACAGCGUGCAGGAAGGGCUGGCUGGAGAAGGCUGCGGGGCACGCCGCUGCUGGCCGACAGCGUCUCACAGCUAGGCUCCGGAGUCAGGCCGCCUUGCCCACCUUCCCCUUCCUCCCUCGCCCUCACGCAAAUCUCUGGCCACAGCGAGGCAGAAGUAUCUGAACAGGAAUCUAUUCAAAGCACAUUUACUGGAAUAUAAAACACACCCGGAAGCAAAACUCCCUUUAUUUUUGAGGCCGUUCGCCUGGCUCCGCCCGGUACCGGCCUUCACACCCGCCGGAGAGAGCGCUUUGAGCUCGGGCUGGGAGGAGGGGCAGGCGGCGUGCCUGGCAGGCGCAGAAGCAGCUGCCCAGUCGGGCUAUUUCCGGGGUGUGAAAGGCGAGCUUCCAUUUUGAGUAACAGAAUAAAUAUAUAUAUCAAAAGCCAAAAUCUUUAUUUUUAUGCAUCUAGAAUAUUUUAAAUAGUUCUCAAUAUUAAAAAGUUGUAAGUAAUCUUGCCAAAAGGGGUUAUUUGUAAGAAACUGUACGUAAGAUUGAUCCCCGAUGCCUACUGAGUGGAGAGGGGUGGGCGUUGCAGGCGCGGUCCCGAGCUUGUCUGCUGUCGUCGUGAGUAGCGCGUUGCACCAACAAUCAUGCUUCUGACCGUCACUAGGUUGUAGUUUUAAAUUAAAAAAUGAAAGCAGUAUUGUCCUGGUUUUAAACCUUUGAUGAAAUUCUAAUGCCACUGUACUGGAAUCAAUCUGUGCUCUGUAGAGACUAUGUAUUAUCGUUUAUGUAUCAUUGGAAUUUCCUUUUAACCCUUUAACACUAAGAUGACAGUGAAUCUGCACAGAAGGGAACCCGGGUUACCGUGUCGCUCUGUAACUGGCUCUUGUCCUUUAAACUUUGUCCCACAGUCUGUGGGGACGAGGGUCCGGUUGUCAGCUUUGUGCGCCCCGCCCGCCGCCCCCUCGGUGAGCCUGUCCCGUCGACCUCGGGUGACGUGAGACCCCGUCUCAUUUUUACUUUUGAACGUUGGCCUUACAAUCAAAUGUAAGUUAUAUAUAUAUAUUUGUACUGAUGAGAAUUUAUAAUCUGCUUUAACAAAAAUAAACGUUCAUGGUAGAAGCUUU